UGAUGAUCUUGCUAAGGAAGAUGAACUCUGAACCAUCAAAGGACAAAUUUAAGAGCACAGGAAAAAGCAUUAAGAAUGAAAGCCUUCUUUUGGAAAGAUUGUAAUUGAGGCAGAAAAAGUGUUUGCUGAGGAUGGCAGGGGAAGUCCAAGGAUCACAGAACAAUGACAUGAAAAGACAAUUUCUGCUGGAGCGACUGCUGGAUGCCGUGAAACAGUGCCAGAUCCGCUUCGGAGGGAGAAAGGAAAUCGCCUCGGAUUCUGACAGCAGGGUGACCUGUCUGUGCGCCCAGUUUGAGGCCGUCCUACAGCAUGGCUUGAAGAGGAGUCGUGGAUUAGCACUAACAGCAGCUGCGAUCAAACAGGCAGCCGGCUUCUCCAGCAAAACGGAAACAGAGCCCGUGUUCUGGUUCUAUGUGAAGGAGGUCCUCAGCAGGCACGAGCUGCAGCGCUUCUACUCCCUGCGCCACAUCGCCUCGGACGUGGGCCGCGGCCGGGCCUGGCUGCGCUGCGCCCUCAACGAACACUCGCUGGAGCGCUACCUGCACAUGCUCCUGGCUGACCGCAGCAGGCUCAGCACUUUUUAUGAAGACUGGUCUUUUGUGAUGGACGAAGAAAGGUCUAGCAUGCUUCCCACCAUGGCAGCUGGUCUGAAUUCCAUCCUCUUCGCGAUCAACAUUGACAACAAGGAUUUAAAUGGGCAGAGCAAGUUUGCUCCUACUGUCUCGGACCUCUUAAAGGAGUCAACGCAGAAUGUGACUUCCUUGCUGAAGGAGUCCACGCAAGGAGUGAGCAGCCUUUUCCGGGAGAUCACGGCGUCCUCUGCUGUCUCCAUCCUCAUCAAACCUGAGCAGGAGACCGACCCCCUGCCCGUCAUGUCCAAGCACGUCAGUGCAGAUGCCAAAUGUAAAAAGGAACGGAAGAAGAAAAAGAAGGUGACCAAUAUUAUUUCAUUUGAUGAUGAAGAAGAUGAGCAGACCUCUGGUGAUGUUUUUAAAAAGAUACCUGGGACCGGGGAGAGCUCGGAGGAGAACUCCGACCGCUCCUCGGUCAAUAUCAUGGCCUUUGAGAGCCCCUUUGGACCUAAUUCCAUUGGAAGCCAAAGCAGCAACUCAUGGAAAAUUGAUUCUCUGUCUUUGAAUGGGGAGUUUGGGUACCAGAAGCUUGAUGUGAAAAGCAUCGACGAUGAAGAUGUGGAUGAAAAUGAGGAUGACGUGUACACGUCGGGAAGGAAGCGCACGGGCCACUCAGAGUCGCCUGAGAAGCCACUGGACGGGAACACCUGCCUCUCCCAGAUGCAGAGCUGGGCUCCUCUGCAGGUGCUACACGGCGACACCGAUGUUCUCUUUCCGGUCAGCGGAGUGGGCUCCUUCAGCCCUGCAGAUGCCCCCCUCGGAAGCCUGGAGAACGGGACAGGACCUGAGGAUCACACCCUCCCGGAGCCCGGACCUCGGUACAACGUGGAAGCCAGUCCUCCAGGCCAAGGAAGUCCUCUGAGCAGCUUGUUACCUCCUGCCCCGGUGCCAGAGUCGAUGACAAUUAGUGAACUGCGACAAGCCAUCGUGGCCAUGAUGAACCGGAAGGAUGAGCUGGAGGAAGAGAACAGAUCACUGCGGAGCCUGCUGGACGGUGAGAUGGAGCACUCGGCUGUCCUCCGGCAAGAGGUCGACACCUUGAAGAAGAAGGUGGCUGAGCAGGAGGAGCGGCACGUCAUGAAGAUCCAGGCCUUGGCAAGGGAAAAUGAGGUGCUCAAAGUCCAGCUGAAGAAGUAUGUGGGAGCUGUCCAGAUGCUGAAAAGAGAAGGUCAAACAGCUGAAGUGGUACCCAACCUUUGGAAUGUCGAUGGAGAAGUCACUGUUGCUGAGCAGAAGCCGGGAGAAGUUGCUGAGGAACUAGCGAGCUCCUAUGAAAGAAAGCUCAUCGAGGUGGCGGAGAUGCACGGAGAGCUGAUCGAGUUCAACGAGCGCCUGCACCGGGCCCUGGUGGCCAAGGAAGCCCUCGUGUCCCAGAUGAGGCAGGAGCUCAUCGACCUCCGGGGGCCGGUGCCUGGAGAUCUGAGUCAAACAUCAGAAGAUCAGAGUUUAUCAGAUUUCGAAAUAUCAAACCGGGCGCUGAUCAACGUCUGGAUCCCAUCCGUGUUUCUCCGGGGCAAAGCAGCGAACGCAUUCCAUGUGUAUCAGGUCUACAUCCGGAUAAAAGAUGAUGAGUGGAAUGUCUAUCGGCGGUACACGGAGUUCAGGAGUCUGCACCACAAGUUACAGAACAAAUAUCCACAAGUGAGAGCCUACAACUUCCCACCCAAAAAGGCCAUUGGAAACAAGGACGCCAAGUUCGUGGAGGAGCGGAGGAAGCAGCUGCAGAGCUACCUGCGCAGUGUCAUGAACAAAGUCAUCCAGGCCGUCCCCGAGUUUGCCACCAGCCCCAAGAAGGAGACCCUGGUUCAGCUGAUGCCCUUCUUCGUCGACGCCGCCCCACCCGGAGAGCCACUGAGCAAGAGCAGCCGGCCCAGGGUGGCCUCCCGCUUCCCCAAGCUGUCCCGCAGCCACCCCAGGGAGACGCGCAACGUGGAGCCCCAGAGUGGCGACCUCUGACCUCCGUGGACUCCCAGACUCAGCCUCUGUGCUGCGCUGCUGCCUCCCCGGCCACCUGCCCCCAGUCCGGCCACGGCAGCCGGACCUGCCACCUGGAGUGACAGCCACACGCACCGGUGAACCUGAGAGCACACCUUCCACCGGUCACAUGGCACCGAUUAAACUGGUCAGACGUGGACACGUGGGCACCUCUCUCCCGGGUCUGCCCGAUCAGCCAGGCUUCCUCCUCUUCCUCCAGCCCAGGGGCCGGCGGAGGGCCAGGUGGGCGUGGAGCCCCUGGUUCCCUCAGAAACGGCCUCUUGGCUUUUCCCGCUGGGAGCUGGAAUGACUGUUACAGUCUUUCUUUCUCUUUUUCCUGCAACUGCCUGCUGCAGCCUGCGGCCCAGCGGGGGCGGUUUCCUUGCCGUUUUACCCCCCACCAGUAGCCAUUAGACACGACCCCUUGUUAGCGCCCCAUGGCCAGCCUCAGCUCUGUGGCUUCUCCCCCCAGGAGACCCCAGGGCCUGUGUGAGAAGGAGCCCGUUGCGAUGCUGAACUGUGGUUCCGGGGUGACGCCUGACUUCUGGGAGGAGCGGCCCCCAGGAAGCCCAAGGCCCCUGAUCCACAGGCACCUUGUGAGGUUUGGGGUGCCUCACCCAGCCAGCCAUCGGUGGCAACAUGGUGCCCCCACGGUGGAGCACCCUGGGCUGCCCAGGAAUCGGUGGCCUCGCCUUCCCAGCCGAGGCGCCUUGGGCUGUGAGAGACUUGGUUCUGCAGAGGCUCUUAGGCCCUCGGCCUGCAGACCUGGCCCCCAAGUGUGGGCCGCCGCAUGGCUCGCUGUGAACUGGGGCACAUGUACACCUUGAACAGAUCAUGGUCAUUCCCUAAGACAGACUCGAGAGCACCGGGCCCCUGAGCUCCUGGACUGAUAAAAUGAGAGCGUGGCCUCCCCCGGCUCCCCCCUGCAUUCCAGUCAGACCCUCCCGGGCCAGGGCCGCCGGCUGUGCAGAAUCAUGGACUUGCCUCUCCCCUGGGCGCACGCACUGUGAGGAGGAGGCUGCAUUUCUGGGAGGUACUAGAAAGCAGGUGUGAGGUUGUUUGAAAAGAGACUGUGCGGGGAUGAGCGAAACCUGGGGACAGAUCCGUAGGGACCUGGAUGACGAACGUGUGAAGGACGGUCAGGGGAGCUAACCACCUACACGUCCCGGAGCCCUCAGCUCCACUCAGACCUCGGGGGGCCCAGGUGGCUGUCCCUGGGAGGAAACCCUGUGCAGGGUAUUAAAGGUGCCCCGUGGACAGGAGAGCCGCCUCCUGUGUACAGCCAAGGUGCGGCCGCACAGCCGCAGAGCUACAGGCCUGAGUCCCUUCCGGGGACAGCCAGGUGGGCCGAGGGCCUGUUCUCAGGGCGGCAGGAGUGAGUGGCAGGGGACCCUGCGGUCAGUCCAGGGUCAACCUCCUUCGUUUCAACUCCCAGCCCCACUGCGCCCGGCCACUGCGGCUGCUCUGGACAGAGCCGCCCUCCGAAACGGGCAGGUGCCCACUCCAGCUGCCCCGCACCACACGCUGUCUGCUCCACCUCUGUCGCCGUCACAGAGCCAAGAGACCUUCCAGCACUGCCGUCUGGACAGCGGAGCCCGCUCCCCAAUGUCUCUCCUUCUGGUCGUGUCAGCACCCACCUCAGCUGCCCCACCCGGGCCACGGGCUCUGACCAGCAGCCUUUGCCGGCACCUGUCCCGAAACACGUCCGCAUGCAAUCCUCCAGGAGCCUGCUCCCACGGCCCGGCGGACAGGUGCUCAGCCUGUCCUCAAACAGGAGAAACCUGCCUCCCAUCUUCCGAAGCUGAAUUUCUCAUGGGAAACUCGCCCUGCUCUCCCACUGGUUGUAAAAGCACAUUCCUAGGGCCACACGGGAACUUCGCUGCUUGCUUGUUGUACCCUGUUUUGUGAUCAUGCAGAAACCCUGGAAUCACCUACAGACCACACCUAAUUUUAGCUCAGAUAUGCAUGUGACACGCACAUUACAGCAACUCCUCAGAGCCUUAACUUUGGAAACAGACUGUUCUGCAGGGAUUUAGUCCAUCCAGCUGCUGUGCAUGUGGAAGGAGGGCCUUCCCCGUUCCCAGAGCAGGAAGACAGACCCCGGGCCCAGCCAGGUGCACAGAUGCCAGCCCCUCCGGACUUUCCCCUGCCCUUCAACCCGAUCCACUUCCGAGGGCAGGCUGCCGACCACCCGGCGCACCGCCCCCAGCCCAUGACCAUCCGCAGAAAGGACGGCCCGCAGUCAACCUGCAGUCGGCUGGGCAUGGCUGGCUCCAGCUCAGCAUCCAUCCCCGGCACACGGCUCUGUGAGGGACAGGCAGUCCCUUGCAGUGCGCAGAGCCGCAGUUAGAACAGCCAGCGUUUGUCCAGUUGGGCCCUGGGGGAGGAGGUGGCUCUCGUGUCCACAGUGGCACCAACAGCUGGGCACAUUGGGGUCACCUGGUUACAAAUGGGGUCACCUGAUUGAGGUGUGAAGACAAGAUACUAUCAUAUGAGACGUAGCGGGAGGCCCAGUGGUGAGAGUU